AUGGAGGACGUCGAUUUCAACGAGCUCAAGGAGCAAGACAGGCAGUUAAAGCGAACUAUCAAUGGAGUGGCCAGGUUUGUCGAAACUUUUUCGAUGGAACGGCAUGAGAAUCAAAUCGACGUUCGACUAGAGUUGUUGGAAGAUGCCAUGAGGAGAUUCCACGUCGUUCAGCGAAAAAUCAAGGUGAUUUUGGACGAAGAAGACCUCGAAUUAAAGCCUGAAUCAAAGGAAACUGACGGACAGCGCGAUAAACGAGUGAAAUCCAAAAUUGCCAAGCGUGAGGCAGAUUUUGACGAAGCUGCGUCCCAGGUCGAAGAAGUUUACUGCGCAGCGAAAUCUUCCCUGCUAGCUUUCAAAUGUAAGAAACCAGUGUCAGUUGAAUCGUCAGAAACAUCUACAAGUUCGGUUAUGUCUCGCGUAAAACUUCCUGAAAUCCAGCUGCCCCAUUUCAGUGGAAGAAUUCGAGACUGGGUCACAUUCCGCGACAUGUUCCAGAGCCUGAUCCAUAACAACGACCAGCUUUCCCCAAUCGACAAAUUCACAUACUUGAGGUCAUCGGUGACGGACGAAGCACUCCAAGAAAUCAGCUCAAUUGAACUCACGGCAGCAAACUACCAGGUGGCAUGGAACGUUUUGGAAAAGCGCUAUGAAAACAAAAAGCUCAUCGUUAAAGCACAUCUGGACGCGCUUUUUGCGAUCGAGCCAAUACGCCGAGAGCACAGUGAGUCGCUGAAUCGCCUCAUCAGUGACUUCGACAAAAACUUACAGAUGCUGGACAAGAUUGGGGAAAAAACGGAAAGCUGGUCAACAUUAUUAGCUCACAUGGUCAGCAUGAGAUUGGAUCCAGUAACUCUUCGGCAGUGGGAAACGCAUCACAACUCAAAGGAAGUGCCCACCUACGCCAACUUGAUGAACUUCCUUCGAGACCAGUGCUUGGUUCUCCAAUCCCUCGUUGCCAACAAUCCUUCUGAGCCACACUAUCACCGGUUAAGAGGCUCGCCUGAGACAGAGUAUCGACGCUUCAGGAACACAACAACACAUCUCACCUCGCAGCCACCUGAACGUUGCGUCUUUUGUGGACAACGCCAUAACAACAUCUUCCAGUGUUCGAAUAUGAAGGAUUGGUCAGUUCCACAAAGAAUUUCCGAAGUACAAAAACGUCGCUUGUGUUUGAAUUGUUUAAGACCCGAUCAUUUUGCCAUAAAUUGCACCAGAGGAAAAUGCAAAAUAUGUUCUUUUAAUCAUCACACACUUCUCCAUGUCGAAUCCUCUCGUAAUUUCGCUCGGCCGACCUCACCAAAUUACUCCUCCUCCGUUUCACCAUCGCGCAAUAGACCCGAUUCUGCCAAUCAGCGUGAAUCAAACCAUUGGAGGCAAAGCCCACGUCCACAGCGUACACACAAUCAAACAAGUCGACCAUCUACUAAUUCGUACCCAGUCAUUCAAGCACCCAACCCACAAGUCAACCCACAACACACCACAGACAAUCUUUCGCACACUUUUGAAAUCAGUCAGAAAUCCAAUGGAAGCUUGAGUCAGCAAGUUUUGUUGUCGACAGCAGUUGUUCGCGUCGAAGAUCGGUAUGGGAAUCACACGUUUGCAAGAACUUUACUUGAUUCGUGUUCAGAGUUCUGCUACGUCACGAGUAGCUUUGCACAGAAACUCAAUCUCCACGAGUCCUCAGAGACUCUGAAAGUACAGGGAAUAGGCAAUGUCUCGGUCACUUCAAGAAGAGCUGUAGAAGCAAAAAUUCAGCCACGUUUGUCCACCAUCUCAAGCUUCUGCGAAAUCAUUCGGUUCCAUGUUCUGCCCAAUAUAACUCAAACGUUGCCAAUCAAACCAGUGCCAAUCCAACUCCAAAAUUCAUUGCCGAAUGUUGUGUUAGCCGAUCCAGAUUUCUGGAAACCGGGAUCUAUAGACAUGAUUAUUGGAGCAGAGUAUUUUUUUGAGCUGCUUAAGCAAGGAUGUCAGAGGUUUGUUGACAAUGGUCCAAGUUUGCAGAAUUCGGUAUUCGGAUGGAUUGUGUCUGGAAAAAUGUCGGUACACCAGUCGGAAAAUGUGUCAGAAAAUCAGUCAGAUAUGCAGUCGGUUAAUUAUACCUCAAACAAUUCUCACAGGACAGCCACCUUUGUAAGUUCUUCAGCCCACCUCGAAGACUUAAUCUCAAAGUUCUGGGAGUUAGAAUCUUGUCACAACAAAAGCACAUAUUCUAUUGAGGAAUCAGCAUGUGAAGAGCACUUUAAAAGUACCACACGUCGUGAUUCAGACGGAAAGUUUUUAGUUACUCUGCCUAAGAAGCCUGGUGUAAUCCAACAACUCGGUGACUCACGAAAUUCAGCGAUGAGACGUUUCAUUGGUCUCGAAAAGCGCUUUAAUGCAAAUCCCGAGUUGAAAGCCAUGUAUGUCGAGUUCAUUCAUGAGUACAUGUUAAUGGGUCAUAUGCGAGAAGUGACAGAACAAAAAGGUCAGAACGAAUCGAGUCAGAAUUUUAAUUGUCAGAUUAGUCAGAAGUCAGAAAGCGUUGUUUAUUAUCUGCCGCAUCAUGCCGUGCUCAAACCGGACAGCACAACCACAAAACUACGCGUAGUUUUCGAUGCAUCGUGUCGCACCUCAACCGGCGUUUCGUUAAACGACGGAUUGAUGGUGGGCCCAGUUGUUCAGAACGAUUUAAUGUCCAUCAUCCUACGCUUCCGUCUGCAUCGAUAUGCUAUCAGCGCAGACGUUGAGAAAAUGUACAGGAUGGUUCGCGUGCAGAUUCCAGAUCAGCAUUUACAACGUAUUUUAUGGAGAGAUUCACCCAAUGACCCAAUCAAAACAUAUGAGCUAACCACAGUUACUUACGGUACUGCAAGUGCUCCCUACUUGGCAACCAGAUGCUUAAAAAUGCUCGGAGAGGAGAAUGUUGUAACACAUCCCAUCGGAUCGAGAGUGAUACUCGAAGAUUUUUACGUCGAUGACUGCCUCACAGGCGCCGACACGCUUGAGGAGGCGAAAGCAAUUAUCAAUGAGACAACUUUUCUCACCGAUUCGGCAGGAUUUAACCUAAGAAAGUUCAAUUCGAAUUCCUCCAAGAUUUUAUCGAAGCUUCCUAAUCACAUGCUUGAUAAACGGCAAACAUUUGAACUCGACAGCUCCAGCAGCACGGUUAAAACACUCGGCAUGAAGUGGGAUACGUCAGAAGACGAGUUUUGUUUCAGUUUUCCUCAGAUGAGGAAGUCAGAAUCAGCGAUAACGAAGCGAAUUGUGCACUCAGACGCAGCUUGCUUGUUCGAUCCACUCGGUUUAGUUGGCCCCGUUGUUGUUCAGGCAAAAAUCUUCAUUCAACAACUGUGGCGCCUGAAGAAAGAUUGGGAUGAGCCUCUGGAUGAGAGCGUUCAAAAGUUUUGGAUCGAGUACAAGCAGAAUUUGUUGGUUUUAGCGUAUAUCUCAGUUCCUCGUUGGAUCGGAUUUAGUCCAACUCUUGAGUCAGUUCAGUUGCACGGUUUUUGCGACGCAUCAGAACAAGCCUAUGGUGCAUGCCUAUACUUGCGCUGCGUCAAAACAGAUGGUUCGAUCACGGUACGGUUAAUCACCUCGAAGUCUAGAGUGGCGCCUCUAGAAAACUUGAAGCAGUCGAAAAGAAAAACCUCUAUACCACGUCUGGAACUAUCAUCUGCAUUGGUCCUCAGUCAUUUAUACGAAAGGUUCACUCAAGUCCACCCAAACAUCGUCGAGACCUACUUUUGGACAGAUUCAAUGAUUGUCAGGCACUGGCUUGCUUCUCCACCAUCACGAUGGCAGAUGUUCGUCGCAAACCGAGUGUCAGAAAUUCAGCACAUCACUAAGAACGGAAAAUGGAAUCAUGUAGCCGGAAUCGAAAAUCCCGCAGACCUGAUUUCACGCGGUGCGUCUCCUGAGCAGUUGAUUAAACAGAGUUUAUGGUUUGACGGUCCCACCUGGUUAUCACAAGAGCAGCAGUUAUGGCCCACAGAAAACGACGAAAGCUCCACAGAAAUCGAUGCAUCCUUGUUAGAAGAGAAACCUAGUACUGCUCUUGUGACUCACGAAGCUCCAACAAACGAAAUUUUCGAACUACAUCAUUCCUUCAUCAGUCUCACCAGAAUUGUUGCUCUGUUCAAACGAUUUCGGCACAACGCUCAGAAGGUGAACAGGAAUAACCAUAUAGUCGGAAACCUCAGUCAGGCAGAAUUAUCAGAAGCAACGCUCACACUCGUCCGCUUAUCUCAGGCUGAAAGCUUUGCAGCUGAGUUAAGUGAUCUCAAGAAACACGGAGAGGUCAAAUCGUCGUCGCGGAUUGCAGGCUUGGGUCCAUAUUUACACGAAGGGGCAAUACGGGCAAGAGGACGACUAAGGCAUGCGCACAUUUCAGCCUCUCGCAAGCAUCCAUGGAUUCUCGAUCAUCGCCACCCGUUAACAGUCUCUAUCGUCAGAGAUUUCCACCUGAGACAGUUUCACGCUGGACAACAGCUUCUAAUUUCAAGCGUAAGAGAGCAAUUUUGGCCUACAAACAUGGCAAGUUUAGCUCGUACCGUUAUUCACUCCUGCGUUCCAUGUUUUAAAGCCAAACCUAAGGUCGUUGAACAAAUCAUGGGCGACCUUCCGGCAGUCAGAGUCACCGAAGCUUUUCCAUUCAGUCGAGUUGGAGUCGAUUACUGUGGUCCCUUUUGUGUCAGUUACCCGAAUCGCCGAGCAAGCCCUGUUAAAUGUUACGUUGCCGUAUUUGUCUGCCUAGUCACUAAGGCAGUGCAUCUAGAACUUGUCAUGGACCUCACAUCGCAAGCUUUUAUAGGCGCUUUUCGAAGAUUUGUUGGCAGAAGGUCGAAACCAGAGCUUGUCAUGUGUGACAAUGCCACAACGUUCGUUGGAGCUAGUCGAGAGCUCAAAGAAUUGGCCAAAAUGUUUCACUCCAAACAAUUUCAAGAGUCAAUAGUCAGAGAUGCGUCAGAUCAAGGAAUCGAAUUCAAGUUUAUUCCGCCACGUACGCCCAACUUUGGAGGCCUAUGGGAGGCUCAAGUUAAAUCGUUCAAAACCCACUUCAAAAAAUCGGUUGGCUUGCGUACGUUGAACGUUGAUGAAAUGAUUACAUCAUUAGCUCAAAUCGAAGCAGUACUGAAUUCGAGACCUUUAACCCAGUUGAGUAGCGAUCCGUCAGAUUUUAGAGCACUUACACCAGGGCACUUUUUGGUACAACGUCCGAUGACAGCACUUCCGGAUCGUGAUCUUACUAAUGUCAACACAAAUCGACUAACCAUGUGGCAAAGAGCUCAACAGCUAACACAACAAUUCUGGAAAAAGUGGAACACGCAAUACUUGUCGGAUCUUCAGAAUCGUACAAAGUGGUCAAAGGAACAGCAGAACCUAGACAUCGGAAUGAUGGUCUUACUCAAAGAAGAGAAUUGUCCACCUCAGAGAUGGCCAUUGGGUCGUAUUGAAAACGUAGUCAGAGGGCAAGAUGGUAAAGUAAGAGUAGUUUCAGUUCGAACUCAAAAUGGCACGUACGACCGAGGCAUUAGUAAAAUUUGCCUACUUCCCAUCCGCGACAACAAUAAUGUCGACAACACGAGUCAAUAUCAACCUCUGGUCGAAGGUCGACAGGUUGAUUGUUUGUUACACAGUGAAGAUAACCCCUGGUCGAAGGUCGACGGGUUAGCGUUGGUCAUCAUUACGAGCAUUUUGGUCCAUGCAUAUUUUGUCAAGCACACGUAUCAACCUCUGGUCGAAUUUCGACAGGUUGGUGUGGUUCACAUCGGUGUAACACAAGGCCUGUGUCAACCUCCGGUCGAUAGUCGACAGGUUGGCACACCGCAAAUCAUCGCUAAAAGUCAGCCUCUGGUCGGAUGUCGACAGGCUGUAAAAAUCGUUCGAAAGCACCCACUGUAUGCUCCAACCAACGCUUAA